AAUCCAAAGAGCUUUGAUCGGCCUUUUUCUUCUACUGCUGAGCAUUUGCGUGUUGUUUGCGUGAACUCUCUGCGUAUGCUGCGUAUAACAUGCACCACAGGGUAUGCGCAUUUUUGACUUGGCUUGCGUGAGCUGUCGGUUAAGAAAACUCAAGCGUCUGAAAACUUUCUGUGAUAGAACUGUAGCAGCGUAAUUAUCUGUUAUCAUCUGAAGGGGUAAAGUACUCGGAGAAUUGCCGCUGUGCAAUGACGUGAUCGUGAAACUGACGGUGUUUGAGAUCCCUCGAGACACUUCGGCUUUGUUGCGGAGCAAGGCUAGAGUUGUCGGUGCUGCGUGUUUGCACUUUGGCGAGAAUCAUCAUGCUCUCGCAAAAGUACGCAACAGAGCUUCGUGUCGUCACAUGUAUACGGAAUUGCUAUUAUACCAAGAAGGGUAUAGCAUCCGGCAUUUUCAUUGUGAACGCGAAGACUGGAAAGAAUAUCGACAAAAAAGACCAAUAAAUGCACACCUUGAGUCAUGCUACUCAAGUCUUUACGCUCAAAAUCUUUACAAGAGCUUCGUGAUUCCCUCUGGAAAGUUCAUGAAUCAACAUUCGUUUCGUCGAGAAGAGGCUAACAAAAGUGGUAUCUAUUUUUUCGCACUAACAAUGGUGGCAGCUUUCACAUGUUCAUGUUGGGUCUUUUGCCAUUAUACUGCUGUCGUCAAUGUCAUUGAAUAGACCGCAUCAAGGCUUAUUUGCAAUCAUAUUUGGUACACGUGAGCAAAGGUGUGAUUUGGCUAGAGAAAUUGUUGCCGAUGCGGCAGCUGUGGUGAACGCGUUGCCUGACCAGCUUUAGUUUCGCUACUUCAUGAGGAUCUAAAAAACGAGACGUUUAUUGACAACAGUAUGGACAGCUGGAUUGCAAAUUAUACGCGAAAGGAGAAACUGCAUCAGCGGAUAAGACUGUUAGGAAGCGCGUAAUGAAGAUGCAACAGUACGAGAGAAACUACGAUAGCGUCCAAGAGAUAGUGUAAGUAAGACAAGUAUCCAAUAUAUCAUGUGUACAGUAAUCUAUUGUUGUCAAAUGUUCGUUAUGCUUAUCACCAACUAUUGUAACCGAAGAUACGGUCGUUUUACGUAACAGUAUCUAGGCGAUAAGCCUAUUCAGAUUGGUCUC